GAUCCCCCUGCGCAUCAUUUGCGGGUACGAUCGAUCGCCAUAGAAGUUCUAGACUCACCUACCAGGUGCCCAAUGUGUCGUGACCCCGGAUGAUCAUCCGCUCGCCAUGAGCCAUCCUUCUCCCCAGAAGAACAGCGGAAACAUUGUUCCCCCUCCGCGACAGAUCCGCUUCGUCUCGACAGACGGUCAACCUCAAACAAAGCGACGGCGAGUCAACGCAGCGUGCUUAACGUGUCGCAAGCGCAAAAUCCGGUGCUCUGGUGAACAACCAGUGUGUAAGACUUGCUCCGACUACAAUCAUGUAUGCCAAGGGUAUAGCGAGUCGACGAGCCAUGCUCGAUCACAAUCGGACUCCGGAACCCGAGCUCACACGAUCACAUCUCUAUCCAUUCCUAUCGAGAAUAGUUCGCGCGUUGCUCUGAAAGUGGAGGCUCGCUCCCCGGGUCCCUCACGUCGAGCGACCGUACCCUCUAGCGAUCGCAACGACAAGCCUACAGCACAACUUACGUCGUCGUUGGAGGUGAAGGAGACACCAUUGAGAAAGGAUGUGUCCUCAGGAACAACAAAAGAACUUGAGCAGCAACCGUCUGCAGAAAGCCCAGAGAGUAAUCGCACCUCCUUGAGUUCCAGCGCUCGCACGCACGUCCCUUACUUCAGGUAUUUUGGGCCAACCGCUAUAGUUCCUGGCUUCAAGCAGAUGGUCGUCCAGGUUCGAGGGUCUCGCAAGAGUAAUCCCUCGUUAUCAUCAGAGUCCUUAUCGCCGCUUCGGAGUCCUAAAUUCCCGAAUGCAGGUGGUACUCAUGGAGGCGUUUUGCCCGACACCCGCGACAGUCGUGAUUACAACACUAUCCCGUUCUAUGACCGCGACGAUACCCUUCCUGUCAGUAAUCUCGUGAUGCAUCUGUGUGAUCUGUUCUUCGUGCAUCUAGGGUGCAGCUUCCCCUUUCUACAACGAGACAGAUUUCUGAGGGAUGUGAAAGAUAAGAAGGUAGACACAAUGCUUGUGGAUUCUAUCUGUGCUCUGUCUGCGCGGUUCUCUCUCCAUCCACUAUUGAGUCCGCCUCAAGCUCCCUCGAUAGAUGGAUCCGAACCAGAAAUGGAUAUGAAGAAAUCGAAUCGCGGUCAGCCGUUUGCUCAUCGAGCAAUGAGUGCUUUGGUCGAUUCCCUCUCUUGUCCCACUAUCUCCGUCGUACAAGCAUGCCUUCUAUUGGCUUAUGAGGAAUUCGGGUCGAACCAUGAUAGUGGCCUCUGGAUGUAUUUGGGCAUCUCUAUCAGGAUGGCGCAGGACUUAGGAAUGCAGAAAGUGCAGGGCUUGGAAUACAACUAUGGUCAGAGCGGAGUCACCCCCAACGCAGUGCUGACUGGGCAAGCUGGGAAGUUGAGAGAUGAUCAAUAUGACGAACCACAAUUAUCGCCAACCCCAAGGAGCCAGCCACGGGAUGCGGAAGGUCGACGUGCCUUGGAACGGGAGCGAGUGGAUUCCUUCUGGAGUAUCUUCUUUCUCGAUCGAGUAAUCUCAUCUGGCACGGGAAGGCCGGUUACCUUACGCGACGAAGACAUUGAACUUUGCUUCCCCCUUCAGUCCGAAUCGAGGUUGCCAAAUGGCUGGCCGGCACCAUUCCCUCCACUUAUCCGCAUAAUCCAUUUGUACGGCAGAGUGACAGACCUCAUCAACGGGAUUCAGGAUGUCAAGCACGUUACUUCGGAAACAUUGAAAAUGCUAGCUGGCAUGGAAAGCGACUUGACAGGCAUAUACCAACGCCUGUCUCCUAGACUCCACUUCAACGCAGCGAACUUCCAAGCCUAUGUCAAGGCGAAAGAAGGAACAAACUUCAUUCUUCUACACUUCUGGUUUCAUACCUUGAUAGUGUUGCUCCAUCAACCCACGCUUCUCCAUUCCUUCGGAGGGACAAUUCAGCACCUAUAUCCGAACAGCAGGGAACUUUCAAUGUCUUCAGCUAAGACCAUCGCUGACAUCCUGUCUUUCUCGGAGCUGGUUGAUGGAAAGAGUUUCAUCGGUAAUCCCUUCACAAGCCAGCCAAUGUACAUUGCAGCAUGUGCUUUCCUUAUGGAAAGUGCCUAUUACUCCUCCCCAUCCUCGAGGGCCGGCUCGCCUCCCAUCCAGCCCUUGCUAGCCAAUCAAUCCAGUGGAUUUGUGAUGCCCAGCAUGGACCCGGCUACCGGCUCUGAACGGAAACCUACCGCCAAGCACAUUCUCCUUGCAUCAGCUGCGAAAGAGAAUUACCAAAGAUGCUAUAAAGCAUUGAAAGCACUCGAGACCUAUUGGGAGGGCACAAAAUAUAUCCUCACAGUCUUGGACCAAAAGGCCAAGGGGAUCGUGGAUCCACUCUUGUAUACUGUGGAGGAGAUGGAGAGUACUGUUGAACUAUCUUCGGUCCAGCCGCUCGCCGCACCACAAUGGCGACGAACGCAGUCGUCAAGUGAUGGAGCGGUUAUCGAUCCACCAAUGUCUGGGGCCGAUGCAUCAGAGGAUGGAAGACGGUCUCCAAAAAUUGAUCCCAGUCAAGCUAUUGGAUGGGCUCUUACUGGUGCUACAAAUUCCUCGCAACCAAACCUAAGCCUCCUAUAUCAGAUGCCCGCGCAGACAGAGUCAAUCCCAGACAAGCCAGCAUAUUCAUCCCAGUACAGCCAUAGCUAUCCUCAUGUAUCUGUUCAAUCGAGUGCUGGUGGGAAUUCGAGCUCAUUCCCACAGGCCAUAGAGCCGGCCCGGAGCACAGCGGCAACCCCGGGGCCAUCGAUGGCACCAGCAUCUGCACAAUACUCACCUCUGGCAUCUUCUGGUAGGGUUACAACUUCUGAUGCCAACCUGCUACUCGGUUUAAACACAUCUUUUCCUGGCCCGGCUUCCCGCCCACAUAACCCUCGGUCGGCUUUCAGCCAUGCAAUGCCUUCCUCUUCAUGCGGGCUCGAGAGCCACGUACCAGCUUAUCAUUAUGGUAUCCCUUCUACUGCGAGCGACAACCAUACAGGGAAUGGACACUUGAUCGCACAAAAUUCCAUUCCACAACCUGAUGUAGGGUCUCACGCCGGAGAUGUGUUUAUUGAGAGUCAGGAUGUUGACAUGGCGAUGCUCCAACAACAAGAUCAGCUACCCUUUGCUUUUAGUGGCGAGAUACUUCCAUGGCUCGAAUAUCUUCCACAGGACGUCCUCAACUACUUUGGUGAUAAUCAAAACUACCAAAAUAUGCUGAGUCCAGAUGAUGAGACCCCUCGACCACAUUAAGUUUUUGUCCACAUGCUCUUUUGCAUGAUCUCUGCGCUCUGUGGUCAUUUCUGAGACCAAUUUUCGGUCCUUUAAUGAGAAGACCGACGUCGAGAGGGCUCGUUUUGACUCUCUUCUUCC